CAAACUACCAAAUACUAGAGCAUAGAAAGGAUUCUGUGAUUAAAGUGUUAUAUUUAGUGUGUUGUUGUGUAUAAAAACUUAAGUUUUCUAAUUUGUUUAUUUCAGUUUCUUCAUUAGCUCCAUUUAUGAACGCGAUUAAAUUUUCAUCAAUUAGUGGAGCAAUAAAGCGAGUGACUAUAAAUAGAAAAAUGUGUUGGGAUGUGUUGAUAUUCAAAAAAACCUAAUUAGGUUAUGUAUCACGUAUGUUGUUGACAAAAUUACCGUUGCUACUAAAAUUCUUCCAAGAGGCGUGAUAGCCUACUUGAUACUUCCAGAGAAACAUCUCAUACCUAGAAAGAACUACGAGCAACAUCAUGUUCAGCAAAAAAAAGAAGAAACCACAGAUUUCACAGCCUAUUAAUUUCGAGCAUAGAGUGCACACAGGAUUUGACAAACGAGAAGGAAAAUACGUGGGGCUUCCUUUGCAGUGGGCUUCGAUCGUUGGAAAUAAUCAGAUACUUAAAUCAACAAACAGGCCUUUGCCUCUAGUUGACCCAUCAGAAAUAACACCGACUGAGAUCCUUGACUUGAAAACUAUCGUUCGAGGUGAUCACAAACAUGAAAACAGACUUGGAGCUCCUCAGGCAAAGCCAAAUAGUGGAAUUGUUCUUCCAAAAAUGUCAAAUGUGGCCCGAUCCAAUUCUUUGAGAUCCUCCAGCCCUCCAAGGUUACGCCGUGAAAACAGAAACAAUGCAAAUGUGCCUCCGUCUGUGCCAGAAGAACAAAUUAUUCAAUAUUCUUCCAUGAGACGGGAUCCUAGUAUAAGUAAGCCGCAGGUGAGAGACACAUCACCAGCAGAAAGAUCACUGAGUAAUCAUGAAGUACCAAAUACCCAAUUAAAUGGUAACCUACCUGAACCAUACGCGGGUUUCCCUCCAAGAGAUCACCCACAGAUAUCACCAGCUGGUUCUAUGAUAUCUACUGGUCCACCUCCAAUGGCUCUCUCCCACCUAGCCCCACAACCUCACCUGAGUCACGGGUCCCACCAAAGUUUGCAGCAUACUUAUCCCCCAAGGGCUGAUCAGAAUCAAAAUGUUAAGAACGGUGUGCAGCCCCCUCCUGUGCAUGUUCCUGUUAGUACAGCCGGACAAUCAGCAGUAACCAAACACCAUGAACAACGACUUACGCAUGAACAAUUCAGAGCAGCACUUCAAAUGGUAGUUUCUUCAAAAGACCCCCGAGAAAACCUCGAGAGAUUUGUUAAAAUUGGAGAAGGUUCUACUGGCACAGUAUGCAUUGCCCAUGACAGAAACACUGGCAGACAAGUAGCAGUAAAAAAAAUGGACCUGAGAAAACAACAACGAAGAGAACUUUUAUUCAAUGAGGUAGUAAUCAUGAGGGAUUACCAUCAUCCCAACAUUGUCGAAAUGUUCGAUAGUUAUUUGGUGAACGACGAGCUGUGGGUUGUUAUGGAAUUCCUAGAAGGAGGAGCUCUCACUGACAUAGUAACACAUGCUAGAAUGGACGAGGAACAGAUAGCGACUGUUUGUAAGCAGUGUCUCAAAGCGCUGGCCUACUUGCAUUCCCAGGGAGUGAUUCACAGGGAUAUAAAAUCUGAUUCGAUUCUGUUGGCUUUGGAUGGCAGGGUGAAGUUAUCCGAUUUUGGUUUCUGUGCUCAGGUGUCCCAAGAACUACCGAAGCGGAAAUCUCUGGUUGGUACCCCCUAUUGGAUGUCCCCAGAAGUAAUUUCCAGAUUGCCGUAUGGUCCAGAGGUUGACAUUUGGUCACUUGGUAUAAUGGUAAUAGAGAUGGUGGACGGAGAACCGCCAUUCUUCAACGAACCCCCCCUCCAAGCUAUGAGAAGGAUUCGAGAAAUGCCUCCCCCGAAACUGAAAAACGCUCACAAAGUAUCGCCUCGUUUACUAUCGUUUUUGGAUAAGAUGCUCGUUAGAGACCCCGCUCAGCGUGCUUCUGCCCAAGAAUUGCUAGCGCAUCCCUUCUUGAGACAGGCAGGCCCUCCUGCUCUGCUCGUUCCCCUGAUGCGAGGAGCGAAACAUACGAAUUACUCAUAGAGAUGUACUUACGGUAAACAUUGCAUAUAUGUCAAUACUUAACUAGGUGAGUCUUAGAUGUAAGCUUGUAAUGGUUACUUUAGUUGUAAUGCCAAAUAUUAUAUUUUGAUGUAAUUUUAGAUAUCUUAGCGUAAGAAGUUGAAAUCAAAUGACUAUAUUUUUCGUUGACACUCUAAUGUUUAGAUAAGUUUUAUUAAGAAUAUCAUAUUUCAUGUACAGCAGUAAUUAUCGUAUUUUUGAUUGAGUUUUAUAAAAAUUAAAUCGUGCUACUAUGAUUUCAUAAUUACCAUUCAAAUUUUGAGGACCCUUUGUUUUGAAAGUAAAAUAUUUUUUGUAUAUAAUUUGAAAAACACAUUUUUAUAGUAAUUUGAUACUUACAAAAUUAUUAUAAAUAGUUUCAAACGUAUUAUGAUAUUAUACUUAAUUUGAUCAAAUAAAACCAAAACCUUUUUUCUAUGUAAUUAAUCAACAGUGGAUCUGAAAUUAUUAUCUAAUUUCAACUUGAUCUCGAAAUUUCAUCAUAAAACCUGUUGGCUGUUGAUAUUUUUUGUUUUUAUUAUCUCAUGUUUUACAAACUUAUACACUAGCUUUAUAUGUAUUAUACUACUUUAACUCAUUUACAUGAUCUGCUUGUCAUAUUUUUAGUUCUAAUUUUCUUUAAUCAAUGUUCUGAUUGGGCAAAAAAUAAUAUUACUUUCCUUCAACUUGUGUAAGCUCAAUAUGAUUAAUAUUGAGAGGUAUA